CGAAUAAUCCCCACCCCACCCAAAACCAAGGAAGGAAGGAGGUAUGGUGGUUGCCUCUCCUUCAACGCCGCCUCCGGCCGCCGCCGCCGCUGAUAGCCCGCACCCGACCUACACCAAGAUGAUUACGGAAGCGCUCACCGAGCUAGGAGGCACCUCCAGUCGUGAUGCCAUCGCCGGAUUCAUCCUCGGUCGCUUCACCGACCUCCCUGCUGCCCAUGACGCGCUCCUAUCCGCCCACCUCCGCCGCCUCAUCUCCGAGGGCGUCGUCUCCGAGGGCAUCGUCCGCAGCUUUGCAUCCACCUACAUCUUGCCAGCCCUGGCCCAGCCCCGCAAGGACUCCCUCACCGUGUCGGCGACCAAGAAUUCGUUGGAUCUCGAUUUGGAUCCAUCUAGAGGCUUACAUGCGAGCAACAAUGAUGACAACUCUUCCAGUGAUGACGAUGACGAUGACUACACUUGUGAUGAGGACGAUGAUGAAUACACUCCUGCGCGUGCAACCUACAUGCUGGGAAGGAAGCACGGCCGUGGACGAGUAUCAAGCGUGGCCCUUCCUGUGUCCACACUUGAUUCCUCGACGACAAAGAGAGGGCGUGGGAGGCCGAGAAAGGAACCAGAAGCAACGUCAAGGACCAUCAAGCAUGGCCCUAGCCGCCCUCGCAAGGACGCAUAUCGAUUCCACGCGUCGGCAUCAGCGACCAAGCCCAAGAAAUUGUUGGAUCUCAAUUUGGACCCAUCUGAGGGAUUACAGAUUAGAAGUGAUGAUGAUGAGGAUGUCUGCAGUGAUGAUGAUGAUGAUGAUGUUGACUACACCCCUAUGCUAGGAGAAAAGCAUGGUCAUGGACGCCCAUGAAAGAGGGGGCGCGGCCGGCCUUGUAAGGUUGUGUUGUCUGCCAAUGGAGGAGGUGCUUCCUGCCCAUUGACCCAGAGAGGGCGUGGAAGACCAAGGAAGAGACAAAAUGCUUGUCGGCCAGAAGCUUCUUUUCAGAAUGAAGGUGACACAAUGCCUAUGCAAACCCCCACAAGUGAUUUCUUGACGCCGAAGAGAGGGAGUGGGGGCCGACAAAGGAGACAUAAUAACUCUAACUAGUAUCCAGAGAGAGCGUGGGUGGCCGAGAAAGGAUGAACAAUCACAAGUAGAAUCUUCUCCAAUUGGGACAAAAAAAAUCAGAAAUUAUAGGUUAUAAAGGCCCAACUGAAUAAGAUCCCAUUAGUUUGUGUUAGAGAUAUAUUUGGGUUACAUGUAUUUGGUAGUCUAGGAUUUGUAAUCAGUCUCCUAUCUUAUCUCCAGGAGGGACUUCUUUCCCUCUAAGUCUUGUACUCAAUAUAUACUCG